UGAGGCUGAGAGCAUCGAUCAGCCAAACGCUCGCCGUCUGACGACGAACAACCGGCUCUCCACUCCAUUUACAGACAUUUCCACUGAACGUUAAAUCAGAAGGUGUGAAAAAUGAAUGCUGGACAUUUUUCACCUGAAACAAGAAAUGGUGUGGAAGCUGAGCGUCAGGGUGAAGCUCAGAGAAAAAACCUGCAAAUGGCAGAACCCAGCGGAUCAGAACCCAGCGGAUCAGAACCCAGCGGAUCAGAACCCAGAAAGCAGCUCCGGAUGAAUAAACGCUCCAAAGAUUUUGAUCUGGAUUUUAAAGUCUCGCCUCGUGAGACGCAUAAAGCUCCAGGCUCUCCGGUUCCCAGCCUGUCGGUGAGGAGCGACUCUUCCAUGCAGAUCGCAUCACGGUUUAAAAACAGACGUCAAACUUUUCACCACAGCGUCAGCCAAGAGUUUCCAGGUGAAUCUGAUGAACCUGCUGCAGUCCAGCAUCAAAAAGAGCUCAACUCUGUAUUUAAGACGCUCGAGGAAAACCUCAUGACUUUCAUGAGAACUGAGCUGCAGAAGUUUCAGACGAUUCUGACUUCUGGUCAUUCAGAAGCUCUAGAAAAGCAGCAGCAGGAAGAAGAGGAGAGAAACUCUGCAGACGGGAAACAGGCGAAGGGCAGCAGGGAGACGUUUCUGAAACUGUCGCUGCAGUUCCUGAGGAGAAUGAGGAGAGACGAUCUGGCCGACUGUUUGUGGAACAGAACUUGUGCAACAGAUUGCACUCAAAACCUGAAGUCCAGCUUGAGGAAAAGAUUCUGCUGCGUGUUUGAGGGUCUGGCUAAAGCAGGAAAUCCAACACUUCUCCAUCAGAUCUACACAGAGCUGUACAUCACAGAGGGAGGGGAUGCAGAGAUCAGCGGAGAGCACGAGGUCAGGCAGAUCGAAGACGCGUCCAGGAAGCAGCGUGUUCAGGAAAAAACCAUCACACAGGAAAACAUCUUUAAAGCUUCAUCUGGCAAAGACAAACCAAUCAGAACAGUGAUCACUAAGGGAGUCGCUGGCAUUGGGAAGACAGUCCUGACGCAGAAGUUCGCUCUGGACUGGGCAGAAAGCAGAAGCAACCAGGACAUCCAGUUCAUUUUCCCCUUCACUUUCAGAGAACUCAAUGUUCUUAAAGACAAACGCUUCAGUUUGGUUGAACUUGUUCAUCAUUUCUUUAAUGAAACCAAAGAAGCACAACUCUGCAGAUUUAACGACUUCCGAAUCGUGUUCAUCUUCGACGGACUGGAUGAGUGUCGACUUCCUCUGGACUUCCACAGAAAUGAGAUCCUGACCGACGUGACCGAGCCCAGCUCUCUGGACGUUCUGCUGACAAACCUGAUCCGGGGGAAGCUGCUUCCCUCCGCUCGCCUCUGGAUAACCACACGACCCGCGGCAGCCAAUCAGAUCCCUGCUGAAUGUGUCGACAUAGUUACGGAUGUGAAGGGGUUCACUGACGUGCAGAUGGAGGAAUAUUUCAGAAAGAGGUUUGCAGACCAGAAGGAGGCCAACAUGAUCAUCUCCCACGUCAAGAUGUCACAAAGCCUCCGCAUCAUGUGCCACAUCCCGGUCUUCUGUUGGAUCAGCGCCACCGUUCUGGAAAACGUUCUGAAAAACAGACAAGGACGAGAGCUACCCAAGACCCUGACUGAGUUAUACAUCUACUUCCUGCUGGUUCAGAGCAAAGUGAAGCAACUGAAAUAUGAAGGAGGAGCAAAUACAGAUUUAACCUGGAGUCCAGAGAGCAGGAAGAUGAUCAAGGCUCUGGGGAAACUGGCUUUUAAGCAGCUGCAGAAAGGAAAUCUGAUCUUCUGUGAAACCGAUCUGACAGGAUCUGGCAUUGAUAUCAAGGCGGCUUCAAUUUAUUCAGGCGUGUUCACACAGAUCUUUAAGGAGGAGAGCGGGAUUUACCAGGAGAAGUUGUUCUGCUUCAUCCAUCUGAGUGUUCAGGAGUUUCUGGCGGCUCUUCAUGUCCAUCUGACCUUCAUGAACUCUGGAACCAACCUGCUGGACGACACGCAUCCAAAACAAAGGCUAUCUAAGGGCUUGAAGACGCAGCCUAACGUACGAAAGCUGCACCAAACCGCUGUAGACAAAGCUUUACAAAGUCCAAAUGGUCACCUGGAUCUAGUCCUUCGCAUUCUCGUCGGUCUGUCACUGCCAGCCAAUCAAACUCUCCUCCGAGGCCUGCAGACUCAAACCGCAAACAUCUCACAAUCAAAUCAGGAAACAGCCGAAUACAUCAAGAAGAAGAUCAGUGACAGCCUGUCUGCAGAGAAAAGCAUCAACCUGUUCCACUGUCUGAAUGAGCUGAACGACCGAUCCCUGGUGGACGAGAUCCAGCUGUAUCUGAGGUCAGGAAGUCUGAGCACACGGAACCUGUCUCUGGGUCAGUGGUCGGCUCUGGUCUUCAUCUUACUGUCAUCAGAAAAAGAUCUGGACGAGUUUGACCUGAGAAAAUAUUCAGCCUCAGAGGACGCGCUUCUGAUGCUGCUGCCAGUGGUGAAAGCGUCCAGCAAAGCUCUGCUGAGGAACUGCACCCUCACUGAGAAAACCUGUGAAGCCAUGUCGUCAGUCCUGAGCUCCCCGGGUUGCUGCUUGAGAGACGUGGACCUGAGUCACAACGACCUGGAGGACGCAGGCAUGAAAACGUUGUCUUCUGGGAUGUUGGCUCAACAAUGUAGCCUGGAAUCACUGAGGGUAGCCGACUGCAACCUGUCACAGAAGAGCUGUGAGACUCUGACCUUGUGCCUCCGAGCAAAGAGCCUGAGGCUGAAGAGUCUGGAUUUGAACCACAACAGCCUGCAGGACGUCGGACUGAAGCAACUUUCUGACGGCUUGAAGAGUCCAUACUGCAAAUUAGAAAGCAUCAGUUUGACGGCGUGCGGCCUCUCGGAGCAGAGCUGUGAAUCUCUGGCCGCGGCGCUCAGCUCUCCCUCCUGCAGCCUCCGAUCUCUGAACAUGAGCAGCAACAACCUGGGAGAUUCGGGCCUGAAGCGUCUCUGUGCCGAACUGCAGAGCAAACACUGUCAGAUGGAGACCGUCAUACUCUGUGGAUGCCAGCUCUCAGAAAGAUGCUGUAAAUAUGUAUCUGCAGUUCUCAGCACUCAGCCGUCCAAACUGAGACAUCUGGACCUGAGUAACAACAACCUGAGAGACGCAGGAGUGCAGCAGCUGUCCACUGGGCUGGGCAGUCCUCACUGCAAGCUGGAGACGCUCAGGCUGUCAGGCUGUCUGGUCACAGGAAAAGGCUGCGGCUUCCUGGCGUCGGCGCUGAGCUGCAACCCGUCGCAUCUGAGCGAACUGGACCUGAGCUGCAACCACCCAGGAGCCGUCGGCAAGCAGAUGCUGUCUUCUGAGGGUCCAAAGUGGAAACUGGCUGCUUUGAGUUUGGACCGAGGCGGAGAACACAGGCUGAGACCUGAUGUCAGGAAGUAUUUCUGUGAACUUGAGGUGGACAUGAACUCAGUGAACAGACAUCUCCGCCUGUCUGACAGCAACACAACGAUCACACAGGUGAAGGAGGAGCAGCCGUACCCGGAUCACCCCAACAGAUUCCAGGCCUGCUGGCAGCUCAUGUGCAGAAACGGCCUGACUGGUCGCUGUUACUGGGAGGUGGAGUGGAAGGAAGCAGUUCUCAUCUCUGUCAGCUGCAAAGGAAUCAAACGAAGUGGAAAAAGUGAGGCCUGCAGGUUUGGAAGGAACGAUCAGUCCUGGACGCUGGAGUGCUCUGAUGUGUUUGGCUUCACUGCCUGGCAUGUGAACAGAGAAACCACCAUCCCUGGUUCUCCUGCCGGCCACAGAGUGGGAGUUUAUCUGGACCAUCCUGCAGGAACGCUCUCCUUCUACGACGUCUCCUCCAACUCGUUGAAGCAUCUCUACACCUUCUGCGCCACAUUCACUGAACCCGUUUAUCCCAGUUUUGGUUUGUGGUCUGGAGCCUUCGUGUCACUGAGUUCAGCAGCUUCACAGAAACCGACAGCUUGAAGCUGUUUGAGUAGAAAUAGAAAAGCUUCACAUAAUUAUAGCUGUGCUACACUUCUAGAAGUAAAAUGUAAAUAUCUGUCAUGUUUUCUACAAAACCCAAUGAUAAACCCAGUUUAUGAUGGAGAGGAACAGAACCAUUAACAGAACCAUUAACAGAACCAUUAACAGAACCGUUAACAGAACCGCAUCUCUGUUGGCCCUUUAAUCCAUUGUUACAUGCAGUAAUGUGCUUUUCCGAGCCGUCUUUAAACGCAUCAUGACCAGCAUGUUGUGACUGUAGGAGGCGCUGUUGCACUUUAACACUUUGCUGUAAAAUAUCAGUUUUAAAAGAGAAACAAACACAAAAAUAAAGAAAAAGCAGAAAAACAAAUAAAAACUAAUAUUUAAUGGUUCAGUGGUUUCUGAUAUAUUUCCAUAAUAAACAUAAUAAUGGUGUCAAAUUUUAGGGAGCAGCUUUAAAUUAUGAUGUACUUUAUGAUAUUUAAUGCCUGUUAUAGAAAAUAAAUUUCUGUACAUUUGUCUCUGUUUAUUAGUAAUAUUGUAAAUUCAUUAUUGAUUUGAUUCUGUGGAUCAUUUCUGUAAGUUCUGAGGAAUUUGGUUCAUAGCAAAUAAAAAACAUAAACUCACUUUGUCAAUAAAUGACAGGAAUAAUGAGUGUCACUGUGUGCUGCAGAAACGUUGGCUUUGUGCUGCAGAAACGUUGACUUUGUGCUGCAGAAACGUUGGCUUUGUGCUGCAGAAACGUUGGCUUUGUGCUGCAGAAACGUUGGCUUUGUGCUGCAGAAACGUUGACUUUGUGCUGCAGAAACGUUGGCUUUGUGCUGCAGAAACGUUGACUUUGUGCUGCAGAAACGUUGGCUUUGUGCUGCAGAAACGUUGGCUUUGUGCUGCAGAAAUGUGCUCAGCCGGAACAGUUUUAUCUUUUAUCAGCUUGAAUGAAACUCAUGUAACUGUGACGUGAAAACCAGCAGAACCUGUGGAGAGAUGGAGACAAACAAAUCAACGUCUUCUUCCUUCUUCCUUCCUCUCUCAGGUUUGGGGGAUUUUUUUAGUUUUGUUUUCUGGACAUUAAGUUUAUUAGACAUCAUUGUUGUCUCUAAUAACAGGAUAUUUUCACUGGGACAAUAAAAUGGAAAUAAAACUCUUUUCUCUU